GCAGAGUCGCCAGCCAAAGAGAUUGGAUUAAGUCGUGGAGCUCCAUCGUAGCAUUCGUGUAAUAUAAAAGCAAAGCACAGAAUCCACAGGUGACAACAGGAGUUAUGGCAUUUCGCGGCAAGAAUGCGGUGGUCACAGGCGGCGCUGGAGGAAUUGGUCUGCAGGUGGCCAGGCAGCUGCUGGUGGCGGGCGCCGGGGUUGCCAUAAUUGACAUACAGGAUAAUCUGGAGGAGUUUGUCAAGCUGCGCGCAGCGCAUCCCACGCAGAGUGUCAUGAUUAUCAAAAUGGACGUUGCUAACAAAAAGGGCGUGGAGGCCACCUACGAGGAGAUCAAGAAGACCUUCGGCAGCAUUGAUAUUGUGGUAAAUGUGGCGGGCAUAUUCAAUGACAAGGAUGUCCAGCGCACGCUCCUAGUCAAUCUGGGCGGCAUCAUCAAUUCCAGCUUGAGCGCUUUGCAGUACAUGAGCAAGGAGAACGGCGGCAAUGGCGGCAUUGUGGUCAACAUGAGCUCCGUUGUGGGCUUGGAUCCAAUGUUUAUAAUACCUGUUUAUGGUGCCACUAAGGCGGGCAUUAUAAGCUUUACGCGUUGCCUGGGCAACGACAAGUUCUAUCAACGCUCUGGCAUUAAGUUUGCCACUGUCUGUCCCGGCGCCACCAUGACGGACAUGUUUACCAAUUUCACGGAGAAGAUCAUCUUUCCAGAGACCAGCGAUGAGACAUAUAAGAUUUUGGAUAGUUUGAGCAAACAGAGCGCCACAGAUGUGGCCCGCUGCAUUCUGAAUGUGCUGGAGAAGGAGAAGAACGGCGCCGUCUAUGUGAUUGAGGGCAAACGCAUCGUUCCCAUUGACAUGAAGCCUCACUGGACUGGCAAGGAGCCGGCGCUUUGAGCUAACUGCAUAUCCAAAAGCUGAACAAUACACAAUUAACCACUAAUCAAUUUGUCGAGGGUAGUUUUUAAUAAACAAUCAAGCAUACUGUA